AUGUUCGGAUACGUAGCUGUAUCUGCGUCCGAAUAUGCGCAUCCCAUCGAUCUGAGGAGAAGCGGACGUCUCCAACAGCAGGGUUAUUACAGAAGCGAGGGCCGGCCUUCCAUCUCCUACAAAGAAACACCCUACAAAGUGUUCAACAAACGCAGGAGGCAGCCUCGCAGUAGGCAAGAGGAACAGCUGGAGGACGACAAUAGAUUCACGCAUGAUGCUCCGGAAGUGAAACCUCGGAGAAGAUCCAGUAAAUAUUGGAUGUUUCUGAGGAGACAUUUUCAGACGCUGUGUCUGUUUCUGUUUGCGGCGACAAUGACCAUGACUUUUGGUCACUUGUAUCACAAAGCGGACCAGGACUCGUACUCUCGUCUGCUUUAUAAGGAGGGGAAACAAGGGCCCAACUACGCCAGCCUGGAGAACGGGGCCAAUGUCAUCAUCGGUCAGACUUCAGGUACAUGUCGGAGUCCAAACUGGAGAGAAUGUGCCAGAACUUGGUUCAUGCCAAGACAACACCACAUAUUACAGUCCUGCUCCCCGCUACGCCCCGGUGUGUGCUGGCCGAUGGCUGGGGACAAAGAUUAUGUGACCAUCCAGCUCUCCCAGGGCAUCAGAGUCCGGCAUGUCACCAUUGGUCACAUCCGGAAGAUUCAAUCCCCGACCAAAGGACUGAAGUGGGAGGACAGCGAAGAGGAGUUUUUGGGCUCUUUCAUUUAUGAUCAGAACGGACCAUCAUUCCAAACGUUUGGACUUCAACACGGCGACCCCGAGACAGUCCAACAAGUCCGCCUCCACAUCAAGAGUAACUAUGGUAACAAGGACUUCACCUGCCUCUACAAUGUCCGAGUGCACGGAGAGUUUUAA